UGAUUCUGACGCUACACCGGCCAGUGUGAGGUAUUUUCCUCUGCAACCUUGCAUAGCAGUGUUGCUGUCGGGUCGAUAAGAGAUGUUCAAAUCUUUUACAUGAAAAAUACAUUACACAAACACUCACUUCAGCUUUAAAAUACACAGUGACUUGAUUUUCACGCGAAUUCAACGCGGUUUCGGUCAUGCCUCGUCAUUCUGCUUGGCUCUUGGUAGCUGCCCUUUCUCUGCUUGCUUUGAAAGGGUUAGCCUUUGAUGGUGAUUUUAACCUUGAAGAUGCCCUCGUUGAUACACCUACAAAACCACCUGCUCCAAAACCUAAACCAGCCGGGGGCCCUUCAGCUGGAUCUUCAGAUUUAGAUCUGUCCGACUUCUUUGACACACCGGGAGACAGGAAGACUACCACGAAAGCACCCAGACUGACCAUCACAAGGGCACCAAAGAGGAAACCACAGCCAAAACCACAGCCAGCGAACCCUAAUGAGUUUGACCUGGCAGACGCUCUGGAUGACAAAAACGACCGCAAAAAAGAUAACAAUGGAGAUAAAGGCACGGGUUCAAGAGACGACAACAAUCCCUCUGGAGGUGGAAAGAGUGGCGGUGGAGCCAUCUCAGACAAGGAUCUGGAAGACAUUCUAAAUGAUGGUUAUUCUCCGGAUAGGAAGAAAGGUGGUGGUGGUGGCGGUGGUAAUGUACCAUCAGAUGAUCCAGGAUAUGGAGAUAGCACAGCUGAGACUGGCACCAUUGCAGGGAUUGCCAGUGCCAUCGGCAUGGCCCUCGUGGGCAUUGUAACCAGUUACAUCUCAUACCAGAAGAAGAAACUGUGCUUCAGCAUACAAGAGAGUCUGAACAUCUCACAGUAUGUAAAAGGAGAACAGUUAGAAGCAGUUGUUGCUGAGGAACCCCAAGCUCAGCAAACCCUCCUGCAGUCCCCGGCCACAGAUCCUACUUCACAAGUGAAGAGCUGA